AUGACUUCCUCAACUACCACUCAGACCGUUCUCGAAAACGAGCUUUUGUCGACAGAUGCGAUGGUCCCUCCUAAUGCUGAUGCAGUGAAACAACAACCCGGAGCUGACGGAGAUACCCUCCGACUUGAUACCACCAAUGUUAAGUUAACGCUUCCAAUUGGGCGCACCCGUGGAGCUCACUUUCGCAACGAGUCCUCAGGCCUUGAGCUUUUGUCAAUCUCCGAAACCCCUGUCGCAUCCUCUCCUGCAUCAGAAGGCAUAGACAUUUAUUCACCAUUGUCAUCAUCAUCGUCAUCGCUUUGCUCUUCCCCGACACCAACCUUCAUUGGCCUCAAAUCCAUUCUUAAAAACACCUUCAAACCUCAAAGCGCACAGGGGUUCAAUUUGAUGGAUUCUGACACAGAAUAUGAGGAAGAAAAUGAUGAGGAUUCUGAUAUUGAUGGAGACGACGAUUUGAACGAGGAUGAAGAGUCUGAAUCUGACGAAUCUGACGAGUAUGAUGAAUCCGAUGAAGCUGAUGAGGUUGAUGACUCUGAUAACGAAUAUUCGGAUGAAACAGGGUCCUUUAUUUGUUUUGCCAAGUCUGUUCAUUUCAACCUCAACCUUGAUGUCCACAUCAUCCCGAAUAGAGAAGGAAAUGGUGACGACUGUGGAGAACCGGAAUUGACGUUCCACGAACAAGCACUCCUUAAACAAGGGUCAAAACGCGAACGCGAACGUUUCGAACAGUAUAGUGUCAAUAACCAAAGUUAUGACUCCGAUGAACAUGGACGUGAUGUUGUUGAGCUCGACAAGCAACUUUUCACAGCUUACGUUAAUGGUAUCCGUAACAUGAAUGCCGAGGACUACCGAUCCGUCGUUCUUUCUCGCACCCUGAAUGCGGGUCCAUGCGAAGUCGAUGUUCUCCCUUUCAUCGAGGACCUUGUAAACCAAUAUCUUGACCGCGUUGUGGAGUCGCUUCUCGGAUUCUUUCAAUACCUAUUUCCGGACGAGGAAUAUCACAACUUGUUGUUCUUUGCGGAGGACGUUACUGCAUUCGACGAUCACAACCGUAUCGUUUACAAACCUAGUUCGAGUGACUGCCAGCAGGUAAUUACUCAGCACUUGACAACUAAACUUGCCGGCACCUCUGCCGCCAUCUCCGAGAAUGGCAUUCUUGAGUGGGUCGCCGGAGAGCUCAUCGAACCCCUGGGGCGCCAGGCUUUGUUUUACGACCUGUAG